AUGGAGGAGGACAUGGUGACAAAACCUUGUAUGUUCCAUGACCCUUUGGCUGUCCAAGCCGCUGAGAAAUCUCUUUAUGAGGUUCUUGGUGAAAAGUACCCACCUUCCCCAGACCAACACCCUCUUAAUAUUGAGAGCCCAGAUUGUCCUUUUUCUGUAACUUUCAGUGACUUUAGUGCCAUUAACAGUUCUAGUUCUAGUACUAGCCAUUCGGUCGAUUCUCGGUGGAGUAAUGCUGAUGUUAUUGAGAAUAAGCCCUCUAUAUUGGAAACCCCGAUUCCUGAUAACUUUGUUUUCCAGUCCACUUCAAAACCUAGGUCUCAAUUGUCGUCGAAUGGGAAUGAGAGUGGAAAUGGAGGGGUAGAGGAGGCCAGUAAGUUUCUUCCUAGAGGUCAGUUGAUUGUUGGUGUAGAGAACAACAAGCCCUAUACAGUGGCAAGUGGAAAGGCUGAAGAUGUGGUGGUUAAGACUGAGAAGGAUGAUAUCGAGCUUUUGGCUACAAGUUCAAGAGGAAAGAAAAGUCAUGAGAGGGAGGAUACAGAUUUGGAGGAUGGGAGGAGCAACAAGCAAUCUGCGGUUUAUCUGGAGGAUACGGAGGCUGAGCUAUCAGAGAUUUUUGAUAAGGAUGAAGCAAACAAGGCCCUGCAGCAGAAUGGGCAAUCUGUUGGAACUGGCAAUGGGAAGACUCGUGCCAAGAAAAAGGGCGAUAAGAAGGAAGUGGUUGACUUAAGGACUCUUCUGAUCUUAUGUGCGCAAGCUGUUUCUGCUGAUGAUCGUAGGACUGCUAAUGAGCUACUAAAGCAGAUUAGGCAGCACUCUUCCCCAUUUGGUGAUGGCUCUCAGAGGUUGGCUCAUUGUUUUGCAAAUGGCCUUGAAGCACGGUUGGCUGGCACUGGAACUCAGAUAUAUACUGCUCUAUCUUCUAAAAGAACGUCAGCUGCUGAUAUGCUGAAGGCUUACCAAAAUUAUAUUGCAGCCUGCCCCUUCACGAAGGUUGCGAUAAUCUUUGCAAACCAUAUGAUUUCGAAAUUGGCUGAGAAAUCUGAAACACUUCAUAUUAUAGAUUUCGGCAUCCUUUAUGGUUUUCAAUGGCCUGCUCUCAUCCAUUGCCUCUCAAGAAGAGCUGGGGGGCCUCCAAAGCUACGCAUUACUGGAAUAGAGCUUCCCCAAAGCGGUUUUCGGCCUGAAGAAAGAGUCCAAGAGACAGGGCAUCGGUUGGCAAAGUAUUGUGAGCGAUAUAAUGUUCCUUUUGAGUACACUGCCAUAGCAAAGAAAUGGGAAACCAUCCAAAUUGAGGAACUCAAAGUUAAAAGAGAUGAAGUGCUUGCUGUGAAUUGUCUGUUCCGGUUUAAGAACCUACUUGAUGAGACAGUUGCUGUCAAUAGUCCAAGGGAUGCUGUUCUAAAUUUAAUUAGGAGGAUGAAUCCUGAUAUUUUUGCCCAUGGCAUUAUUAAUGGAUCCUACCAUGCCCCCUUCUUCGUCACACGCUUCAGGGAGGCACUGUUUCACUUCUCUGCAUUGUUUGAUAUGUUUGAUACCAAUGUACCUCGUGAAGAUCCGAUGAGAUUGAUGUUUGAGGAAGAGUUCCUUGGACGUGAGGUUGUGAACACAAUAGCUUGUGAGGGUUCUGAGAGAGUUGUGAGGCCUGAGACAUAUAAGCAGUGGCAGGUUCGGAACAUGAGGGCUGGGUUCAAACAGCUGCCAUUGGACCGUGAACUCAUGAACAAAUUAAGGAUGAAAGUGAAACUGGGAUACCACCGUGAUUUUGUGGUUGAUGAAGAUGGUAACUGGAUGCUGCAAGGAUGGAAGGGCAGGAUUAUCUACUGUUCCUCCUGUUGGGUACCAUCUAGGACUUGA